AUGCAGCUUCAGCCUUUCGUCCUAUUGUCACUAGUGAGCAUAUGGCGUCCGAAAAAAUGGUCCUCGAGUCUCGCCGUGACACUGUACUCGCUGUACACUGUGGUCUCGCUGAUCGUUUACUACACGUUCAUGAUAUCUGAAAUACUGGAUAUUAUACUUCUCGCCGAAAACGUGCAGCAAAUCAUGGAAAACAUGAUACAGCUGAUCAACAUAACUAACGUCACGCAGAAGAGUUUCUCUUUUUUGUCGAAAAGGAAAAAAAUCAUUCGGUUCAUCGACAUGUUUUUCGACGAUGUCGCUCUGCCGCAGACCCCCGAGGAGGAGGCCAUUCAGAAGAAAUUCGAUGACGAGUCUAGGAGCAACACCCACAAGCUGGCCGGUCUGUACUCGAUAUCGGUGUUCACCUUCGUGUACAUGCCCUACUUCGUCUCGGACAUCGAGGACCGAGUGCUGCCCUACCGCGGCUGGCUCCCCUAUUCCCUCGACAGCGUCAGGAACUAUCGCAUAGCUUACCUGCAUCAGGCGUGGGCGGUGACCAUCGCGGCCUCGGUCAACGCGUCCACGGAGGUGUUGGUCAGUGGUUUCAUGAUACAGAUAUGCGCGCAGUUCCGGAUACUGGAGGAGCGCUUCGCCCGUUUGACGCAAACGGUCAAGGCCAUGAGGGACGGUGGUAUUGACGAGGGGCUGGUCUUUGCCGAGGAGAAGAAGUUGCUCGUCAAACUGAUACAACACCACCUGAAGAUUUUCGAGAUGGCCGAAUUGCUCAACGACAUAUACGUUUUUGUCAUUCUGUUCCAAUUUGCCGCGAGUAUCGUCGUUUUGUGCGUAUGCACGUACAAUUUGGCCCUCUGCCCAUCCGUCAACAGCGACUUUGUAACCAUUUUUUUGUUCCAAUCCUGCAUGCUGUUGCAAAUUUUUCUCUACACUUGGUACGGUAACGAGAUAACUUUGAGGAGCACAGAUUUGGGAAAUAACAUACUCCUCACGGAUUGGAGACACUUGAGCCAAACUGGAAUAAAAAAUCUGAUGAUCAUCUACCAGCGAACGACCAAGCCAAUAAUCAUGAGCAGCGGAUACGUAAUAACAUUGUCAAACGUUGCUUUCACUAGUAUCGUCAAAACGUCAUACUCCGUGUAUAACGUUCUCUCGGUGUAA